UGCACACUUAGAAACAUCUGAAGUACGGGGAGUUAAAAUAGUGUUGUAACUCAUGGAUUAUACGGCGAUCAUCUUUGUGCUGAUAGGAGCGCUGGUUAAUGGUACACUUAGUCAAACUCAUCAGUACUACUAUGUGAGCACCUCACUGAACUGGACGGAGGCACAGAGCCACUGCAGACAUGCCUACACUGACCUGGCCACCAUAGAAAGCACAAUUCUAUGUACAAUUAAUGGUCAAGAAUCUUUUGUUAAGGUUAAUUUGCCUAUGAACUGGACUGAUGCUCAGAGUUUCUGCAGGAACAAUUAUGUUGAUCUACCCAGCAUACGAAAUCAGACAGAAAAUGACAAGAUCAAAGUCACAGCAAAUGGAAGCUUUGUGUGGAUUGGUCUGUAUCGGCAAAAGGUGUGGUCUGAUGGGAGUUACUCUCUGUUUCAAUUUUGGGCCACUGGGCAACCAAACUCUGGACAUGAGCAGUGUGUUGCUGCAGAUUUCAGUGACUCGGGACGAUGGUCGGAUGAAUUGUGCUCCAACAGGUUUUCAUCAGUCUGUUUUACGACAAUAACGUUCAGUCUAGCGGCACAAACGGAAACCAGCAUCACUCUGCAGUGGAAUAAAGUCAACAACAAUGUCAGCUUUGUUCUCCAGUUUAAUGGGACAGAGACAAACAUCAGUGCACCAGCUGGAAAUGGACCAAUGUCACCAGAGAUGACUGUGUCGAAAAGCUUCAAGUAA